CAAUGCUAUAAACGAAGAGUCAUGUGAGCAAUUUCUUAGUGCUGCUGGUACAUAUAAAGUACUAACUACCUAUAUGACAUUUUUUGAUUAUUUUUUCAGUACCUAUUUAAACUUUUUGGUAUCACUUCAUUGUGAUUCUGUGUUCAAUUUCCUCUAGACUGUUUGUCUGAUUGCUCAGUUUGAUCACAGAAAUUCGACUUCCAGAUAGUUCAAUAUCGAUAUAAAGUGUAGAACAAAGAAUAGUUGAUAAAUAAAUCGCGAACGAUUCAACUUCAUAUUUCAACAUAUAUCGCAUCCGCGUUACUGAUCUUGAAAACGAUAUGAUUGUUGAUUAUUGCUAGUAAAAGCAAAGAAAUAAAAAGAACAAAAUCAUUCAUUGUGUUUGUUGACCAGUUUUUCGCCACCGGGUAUUUAUGACACUUCCUAUCUCUAUUGAAAUCGAUUCAAACAGUAUAAAAGCAAACGGGUUUACAUACUUCACAUCACAUCAAUUAAUUGUUUCAACUGUGCAAUAGGUUCUGGUUCUUUCAAUCUAGAAAACGAAUAUGAAGGCCGUCAAUGUCAUCGUUGCUCUGGUUCUGGCCAUCUGCGCCAAUGCGUCCCCUUCGACAUAUGUUCAAGAUGUAGUGACCUACGGCAACCCAUGGUCUCUGAAGACCAGCACGGUGUGGCCAACCUACGCUGGAUUGUACGACGAUAAGGUCACUGUCGUACCAGAUGUUGGCUAUGGAAAGUACGCAUAUCCGAACGUGUAUGGAAGUUUGCCUGUGUAUGGCAAGGACUGGAGAUCAUCCGUACCAGUUGUAACUGUUGGUGCGAAGGUUGUCGACAAUAUCGGUUAUGGAUAUGGACUGGGACAUAACAACUAUUGGUAUUAGUUAUCAUGUCUUUUCCUUUCUUAUAAUAAAGAAGUAAUUCCACAGUGCAUUCCUUCGUUAAUUUUUUUUUUAUUGGAAAUCAUAUUUCACUAUCCAACAACUUAACCUCCAAUAAGUGAUACUGCUUUCGUUAAAACAAAUUGAGCUUAGGGCCGAUUGAUCACCUUCACCUCACCUCCUGUUGAUUUCAUUGGCGUUGGCUCAGUUUUAUCACG